CUCCGACUCAUCUUUCCAUCUCCUCCUCCUCCAUCUCCACUCUCACAAUGACUCCCUUCGCCGUCCUCCUCCUCGCUGCGCUGGCGCACGCACACGGCGACCACGCUGCAGCCAUCCAGUCGCGCGCAGACGAUGAGUCCUUGUCUUACGCUGAGCGGCAUAUGGCCGCAGAGCACCACAUCGAGUCGUUUGACGAGCCAGCUUUCUUCAAGCUCCACGACCUCGACCUCGACGGCUUCUGGGACCGGGACGAGAUCGCAGCCAUCUACGGGUUGCGGCACCACAGCGUCGCGAGCCCCAAGAAUGACAAGCAUGACAAGGCGUUCGAGGAGCGCGUCGUGACAGCCGUACUGGAGAAGCUCGACGCGGACGGAGACGGCAAAGUCUCACUAGACGAGUUCAAGACGGGCGGACACGCAAGUCUGCCCGUCAUGGGCGACUUCAAGGACCUGGGCCACCACUACGACGAGGAGAGCGAGUACUUCCUGCACCACGAGGAGCUGUAUCACUCGACGCCCGAGACACAGACGGACGAGAGCUACAACCAUCCCGAGGACAUCGCGCACUUCAAGCACCACGAGCACAUUGAGGCGGAGGAAGAUGCGCGCGAGCGCAAGUUCGAGGGCUUGGCGGCCGACGCCGACUUGACGGACGAGCACAAGGUGUUCGACCCGCUCGAGGCCGCGGCGCAUGCGCCUGGCGACGGGCCCGAGGCGUACGCCAAAGCCGGGCAAGGGCCAGACGUGGGCGGCGGGCAGACGUGGGACAAGCAGACGCAGGAGGGCGGCGCGGGCGCAGACCAGACGGAGAGCCAGGGGACGCCACAGGAAGGAGCUGCGAAGCCCGUCGAGGUUCACGCCGGCAACGCAAACGCCGAGGGAUACCAGCAGGCUCGGUUCCGUGACGCGCGCGCUGCACGCAAGGUGCCUCCGCGCCGGUUGGGGCCUGAUGCUGGCCAGCACAAGCACCGCGCGAGUGCCGAGGAGCGGGCGCGGGCCGACGCACCUUACAAGUUCAAGAUGCGCGGCGGUCUGCGGUCGGACGAGUUCUAGAUAGUGACAUGCAUUGCUCCUACAUCUAU